CCCAGGGAGGCCGCGAGGCCCGCGGAGGACUGUGGAGGACUAGGGAAGCCCACGGCGGCCCACAGCCCACGGAGGACUGUGGAGGACCAGGGAGGCCCGCCGAGGACUCGGAAGGACUAGGGAGGCCCAUGGGGGACUGUGGAGGACCAGGGAGGCCCGCCGAGGACUCGGAAGGACUAGGGAGGCCCACGGGGGACUGUGGAGGACUAGGGAGGCCUCACGGACCGCGGAGGACUAGGAUUAGGAAGGCCCACGGAGGACUGUGGAGGACCAGGGAGGCCCACGGAGGACUAGGGAGGCCCACGGAGGAUUGUGGAGGACCAGGGAGGCUGCAAGGCCCGCAGAGGACUAGGACUAGGGAGGCCCGCGGAGGACUAGGACUAGGGAGGCCCGCGGAGGACUAGGACUAGGAAGGCCGGCGGAGGACCCUGGAGCACUAGGGAGGCCCACGGCGGCCCACGGCCUGCGGAGGACUGUGGAGGAUCAGGGAGGCCCACGGAGGACUGUGGAGGACCAGGGAGGCCCACGGAGGACUGUGGAGGACCAGGGAGGCCCACGGAGGACUGUGGAGGACCAGGGAGGCCGCAAGGACCGCGGAGGACUAGGAUUAGGGAGGCCUGCGGAGGACUAGGACUAGGGAGGCCCGCAGAGGACUGUGGAGGACUAGGGAGGCCCGCGGAGGAGUAGAUGCAAAUAGAGGACUUAGGAAAGGAAGGUCGAACCCAGGCCACACAGCCUCACAUCAGUUCUGGCGCGGAUAAGCCAAAGAGCCAAGAUGAGUGAGAGCCAAGAUGAACUUCCUCACGAACUUGAGAACCAGUUCAUAUUGCGUCUGCCCCCAGAACAUGCAUCAACUGUCAGAAAGAUCAUACGUUCUGGCAAUGCGGCCAUGAGAGAUAAACUGAAAAUUGACUUGUCUCCUGAUUCACGGCAUGCCAUUGUUCAGGUAGAUGACGUCUCACUGUCUGCCAAAGUUGUUGAUUUGCCUUGCGUAAUUGGAAGCCUGAAAACGCAUGAUAGGAAAACCUUUUAUAAAACAGCAGAUAUUUCCCAGAUGCUUUUGUGCAGCGCCGAUGGUGAUCGCCACUCCUCCCCAGAAGAACCAGCUACUUCUGCAGGUGCUACUGUAGUGGGAAACAAAAGGGAAGCAGAGGAAAAAUAUAUCUGGAAGCACGGCAUUACUCCACCACUUAAGAAUGUCAGAAAUAAACGGUUUCGGAAGCCAACAAAAAGGCCCCCUGAUAUGAGGCAAAACAAAGAAAGCUGUAGUGGCUACAUUGAUUCUAAAGAUGUGGAAAAGGAAGUGAAGAGGCUGCUGUGCUCAGAUGCUGAAGCCAUCAGCAGCCGAUGGGAAAUCAUUGUUGAUGAUGAAACCAAGGCAGUACAAAGUCAAACCUGCACUCCACAUCUUCCAUUGCCCUCUGAAGCAGGUGAUCAUACUUCAUCAGCAUGUGCUAUGCCUCAGAGCACAUCCAGUGAUUCUAGCAGUGGCAAAGAUGAUCAAGAGAAUAAAGAUGAGGAGGAGGGAGAGGAGGAAGAAAAAGAGGAGGAAGAAAAAGGAGAGGAGGAGGAGGAAGAGGAUGAGGAGGAAGAUGAGGAGGAUGAAGAGGAAGAGGAGGAGGAGGAAGAAGAGGAGGAGGAAGAGGAAGAAGAGGAAAAUGAUUCUGAAGAAGACCUGGAAAGAGAGCUACAAGCCAAGUUUAUUGAGUUUAGCUUGUGCGACACUAAUGAAAUCAGCAGUUCGAUAAUUCUGGGAAUUCAGAAGCUGAUUCAGUCCAAGGAGAAAAAGCUCCAAGAGAUUAAGGGCAAAGCACAAAGACAGAAAGAUCUCCUCAGAAAGUUGGAAAACCUGACCCUUAAGAGUCAUUUCCAGUCUGUGCUGGAACAACUCAAGUUACAGGAGAAGCAGAAGUAUGAACAGAUCCUUUUCCUACAGGAGCAACUGAAGUAUUUUUUAAAGAAGUAAGAAUUUGAAUCCAUAUCUAGACUGAAGACUUGGUGAAACUGUGUUUCCCUCUGGUUACCUUAUCUUGAAUUAAUUGUUUUUUGUUUCUUUGAACAUUUCACUGAUUGUAGUAGUUCAAGAACUUAUAGUAUUUCAACAAGUCAUGUUGAAAAGGCAGUAUAAAAAAUGUGAUAACUUAAAGGGUCCCAAUUGAUCGUGGGCUUCUCUUGGUUAAUUUGAGAACUCCGUGAAUUGCUUCUGUGUUACGAUUUUAUCAUUUUAGGUAGCUGUGCUUGACAAAGGGAGACAGUCUAGCUUGUGAGGACUACUAGCUUGGAUACAUUUAGACUGUUCAAGUAUUCGCUACAACAUACAGAAAAGCCAGUUUUCUCUGCGUGGCAGCCCAUAUCUCUAUAAUCUUGGCACUUGAGAAGUUUAGGCAGAAUGAUUCAUAAUUCAAGGCCAGCCUGGGUUACAUAGCAGCUUCCAGGAUACACUGAUUUAUAUAGAUCUGCCACAAAACAAAGAAUCAAUACUAGAUUCUGUUAAGGUAAAGGCUGCUUUUCUGAGCAGAGAUUUUUUUCUUUGUUCUUUCCUUACAUGUAACUGGUUUUUGUUCAUUAAUUAGCAGUUGCAGCAUAGGUAGUGUUAUUGUAAGUCUCUGUUCUAAGCCCACUAGAAAAGAUUAGGAAAAGCCAGAUGCCUGUAAUGCCUAUGCAGACUUUCUUACCAACCCUGGGCUGCUGGGAAAUGUUUUAAAGCUUUAUUUACAGUCUAUGUUCUUUAAGCAAAAAAAAAAAAAUAAAAUAAAAUAAAUCCUUUUGAAUGAGAAUAAAAGAAUCACUACAGAC